CCUGAUUCUAAAAACGAAAGAUUUUCGACCCUUCGAGCUCUUUUCGAUCACCACCUUACAACCUUUCACAAUCUCGCACAUAAUCAUAACUUUUAAUUAAAUUCAACCACAAUAAAAAAGCAUCAUGGCAGGAGACCUAGAGGUCCUCAUUGACAUGGGGUUCGAGAAGGCUCGAGCAGACAUGGCAGUCAAGAAGACUGGCGGUUUACAAGGAGCUCUCCAGUGGCUCGAGGACAACCAAGACAAACCCCUCGACGAGAUCGCCGGCGAGGAGAACAAUGACGAGACAAACCCCUCCAUCGAGCCCGCCCCACUGAAGGAAGGUGAAGUCGCACGAUCCAUGGUCUGCAAUGAAUGCGGCAAGAAGUUCCGAAGCAUGGCGCAGGCCGAGUUCCAUGCGUCCAAGACCGAACACGUCGAUUUUUCCGAAUCUACAGAGGAGAUCGCACCCCUGACCGAAGAAGAAAAGAAGGCAAAACUCGAGGAACUGAGAGCUAAGAACGCAGAGAAGAAAGCCAAGCAAGCUAUUCUCGACAAGGAGGAGCAGCGGAAGAACGAGAAGAUCCGCAUGAAGUCUACGAAAGAGGUUCAAGAUAUCAAGGAAAAGCUCGCCCAACAAGAGCAGAUCAAAGCCGCUGCCGCAAAGCGCCAAGAGAAGCUCAACGAUAUCGCAGCUAAGAAGCGGAUUCAAGAGAAGAUUGCAGCAGACAAGGAGACCCGUCGUCUGAAGGCUGAAGCUCAAAAGGCUGAGCGGGAAGGAAGAGCACCGCCACUUGAUCCAUCUCUUGCCGCCGCUCAAGCUGCCGCUCCUCCAUCUAGUGGAAGUGCGCCCAAGAAGGAGGUUACGGAGGCGAGAUUGAGACUGCAGACUGCGGGGGGUGUAGUCAUGAAGAACUUCCCCGUAGAGACAACGCUUUUUGAGGUUGCUCAAGCUCUCGAAGGGGAUAAUGGAGGGGUGCCGGUUGAGAGCUUCACCAUGACAUACCCCAAGAAGACGUUCUCUGGCUCUGUAGACUUUGGCAAAACGUUGAAGGAGGCGGGGUUGAUCCCUUCUGCGGUUUUGAUCGUGAAGUAG